ACCAUGAAGAGAUAUUUUCUUGCUCAGAUGAUGUCAAUCACUAGUCUUAUUCAUAAGGAGAGUACAUGGAUUUGCAAAGAAUCUUGCCACUUGUCCCACUGACCCCAGAAAUAUUUUAUUUGGUCAUUGGCUGGCAAUGGCUGCUCCUGUGUCAUCUUGUUUUUCUGAAGAUUUCUGUGUCUGUUAAUAUUCAAUCCACAGAGCACAUAUUUUCCAGGGUCUAAUAGGUUUCCAGGAAAAAGACUUAUUGUAAUGUUCCAAAAGCCAUCUGCUUCAUCAGCCCAUGAGCUUCCUGUUUCAGUGGAUGCCCUGGGCGAUGUGGCUUCCCAUGGUGUGUGGGCUGCAGCCGUUUGUCAGGACAGAGUUUAGGUGGAAGGCACAGGCUUCAGCUAACCUCCACAGUGAGCGUCCUGGCUCUGUGUGAUCCUAAAUGAAUUAUCUGUGCCCCCUAUGCCUUAAUUUCCUUACCUACAAAAUAGAGAUAAAAAUAGUACUUACUUCAUAGGCUUAUUUUGAAGAUUAAAUUUGGCAUUUGUAAGCAUUUGAUGUAUAGUUGCCAUUAUUAUGAUGUAUCAGAGACCUGGAGGAUUGUGGCAGGUUUUUUGUUUUUUGUUUUUUCUUUUUAAUAGAUAACAGGAAGAAGAGGAAGCAAGAUAGUAUGCUGAGGGGGUAUGAUUAUCUUAUCUUUCUUCAAAAUAGUAAGGGACAAAAAGAACAUGUAAAGAAAUAAUUGCCAUACAGGGUGAUUCAUGCAACAAUAAAACUAUGUUCAGGAUAAAGAAGGAAUGAUUAGCUGGGUAAGGGACCAAGGAGGACUUUGAGAAGUGCUACUUGGGUAGAGUUUUGAAGGAGUGAGUAGUAGGGGCUAGAUGAGGGCAUGGUGACGGGGCACAUGUCAGGCGAGGAGAGUUUGGGCAGCACUGUGACUUUGGGAUGGUACCCUUGGAACUCAAAGAGAUGAGGCCAAGUGAGAGAAGCUGGAUCCUGCUCAUGAUUAUCAGUGGCCUUACCUGUAUGUAGAUGUGGAUUUGUGUCAGAGCUUCUUGAAAGGGUUUCUCGAAAGCUCUUUCUCCCGCCCCUUCCAGGGCUGGCCUGGGCUCAUGAAUACCAUUCCCCUUAAAGUGCAGCCCUGGCUAGACUCACUUAGCACUGCCUCUUGGUUAUUUUUCCUCCCAGAUACACUCGUGUAUCUAUUAGUUAUAGCUUCUCUACUUCAGAUCUGCCCCAGCAACACCCCGAGAAGCCAAUGAGCAUUGCUUGGCAAGCUGUCACUGGUCACUCAAAUAUCAUCUUCAGGGCUGACUCCAGAUCCAAAUGAAUCCAGCUGUGACUCACCUUGAGAGAUAGAUUUGCAUAUCAUAGAAACAGAGUCCCAGGUUCAUAUAGCAAAAUGAACAAACUGGCACAGGGUCAGCCUGAAUGAACUGGACUCAGGAGGCAGUCCCACAUGGAGGACUGAGGUGCUGGAAGCCUCUGUCUGCUAAGUGUGCAUCUGGUGGGCAUGCAGUCCCGAGGGGGUGUCUGUGAGGGCCACCCUCUGACCCAGCACCAGACGGCUCCUGUUAUGCUGGUCCACACUCUUUCUUGGCUGAAGCAAAUUUUCUGCCUUUCUUUUUGUUCUUACAGAAUGUCUUUCUUUUUGGUGACUGUCAACAUACUUUUUCUUCAUGGUGCAGUGUCUACAGAACAGCUGUGGGCCCACCCAUUCACUGAUGUUAUCCUUUCCUGCCACUUCUCCUUUGUGAAGGGCACAGAGAAUCUUGAGUUUUCUUGGGAAAGAGAAGACAUCAAAGAGGAAUAUGAGGUAGAGAAUGAUAAAGAAAUUUACCGCUUUCUCAGGUACUAUGAUUUUUUUGAAGUUUUCUCAAAGUUGGUUUACCAGUUUCACAAUAAUACAGAGCAACUAGAAGAUCAAAACUCUUUGUAUGAGGGAAGAGUCUCUGUGGACCGGGAUGAAAUUUCUGAGGGGACUUUAUCACUUUUACUAAGAAAUGUGAAUUUCAUGGAUGAAGCUGUCUACAAGUGCUCAGCCAUCACACCAGAUGGAAGAGGUGAAAAGACAGUUAAGCUAAUAGUAGAAGAUUCUGAAAUGCCCCAGGUGCAGUUUGACAAGAUUGAUGAUGAGGACGUGGCCACAUGCAUCUCCAAGGGCUGGUACCUCUCACCCAAUGUGACCUGGCUGGACCGGGCAGAGAGGGACCUGAGCAACCACAGCACCCUGGAGGUCCUGGAAGAGCAGAUGAAUGGCUUCUACAGGGUGUUCUCCAUCCUGAAGUACCCUGUCAAGUUACAUGAGAAGUAUGUGUGCCACAUAACAGAGACAGAUGUGAACAACCAGCCAUUCAGAAUCAUCCGCAAGUACCCAAGGAGAAAGUAUCCCCAUACCGAUGACUACUAUUAAGCGAUUUGAGUAACAUCAUCCCAGGAACCUUAUUGUCUUGCCUUUAGCCACUGGUGCUCCUGGUUUUCUCCUGUGGAUGACAUUCCUUUUGUCCUAGACACCUACCAUCAUACGCAGAAGAAAAUAAGGAGGCAAUAGGUCCAAAGUGUUGCAUGUUGACUAAAACUACAGGAGCUCUUAUACUAUGCCUCCCUUAGGUCUGUAUGUUGAAGUUUUGCUUCUUUAUCUCUAUUUCUCUGUGUUAUUUAUAAGAUUUAUUUGAUCUUAUUCCUCUCAUGUAUUAAAUUCUGAGUAAAAUUUUAAAAUCUUACCUGUAAAAUGAAAGAAGAUUAAAAACCUGAUGAACUCUCUACUUUGUAUAUAUUUCCUUGGUGUGGGGCUUCAGUGAUGGAUGGCUUAUUGGAGAAUUCAGAGCAGGGAAAACCUGCUCUAGGUUUUCUCCAAGCCAGAUUUUGUGUUUGUUUUUGGUA